CACAGAGAGAGAUUUAAUAAAUACUAUCUGAAGGAAGCUGCUGGCGGAGUGUAAAUACCGGUGCCCUUUCCUGUUCUGCCCUUGGGCGGAGCUGCCCCCCCCCCCCCGGACCCUGGUUCUGACCCAGAGGACUAGCUGCUUGCAGGAGGGGCAGCCGAAUUGAAAGGCAGGGGCAGAUCUCAAAGGAACGGAUCUGCACUUGUCCUUUGAGAAGCUGCCCUGCAUUUCAACCUAAGUUCCUUUUGGAUCUCCGCAAGAGCAGAGAACCCCACGCAAGAAAGUCAUGCAAGAGGACCAUGAGGAGACCACCAUUCUGGAUCCCCAACAGUGUGUCUUUCACGCUGAAAGAGCAGGCAGUGACACUCUCAGCAAGCGGAAGGCACAGACGUUUCCCACGGAGCGUCCCACAGGAUUGGAGGACCCCACAUUUGUAAGGGGCGAAGAGAGCCCUCCCCAGGGCGUUAUGGAAGGAGUGGUUUUUCAUCCUCACCAGGGACUGGAGACACAGCAGAGAAGCUGCCCUUCAGAGGGAGAAAGAAAUUCUGUUCCCUUCUGGGGCGGCUACGAAGGGCUUGGUGGAUCUACAGUACAACAGAGAACCCCCCCAGGAGAGAUCCAAGAGGGCAGCGAAGGCCACAGUUGGAGGCCAGACUUUGUGAUCAGCAGGAGGGGCUGUAAGAAACGGGACAAGCCGUACAAAUGCUCCGAGUGCGGGAAGAGCUUCAGCGUGAGCUCUGACAUUAUCCGCCACCAGAGAAUCCACACGGGGGAGAAGCCGUACAAAUGCCUGACCUGCGGGAAAGGCUUCAACCAGAAUUCCCACCUGACGGCGCACCAGAGAACCCACACAGGGGAGAAGCCGUACAAGUGCUGGGAGUGCGGGAAAAGCUUCAGCCUGAGCUCAGACUUCACCAGGCACCAGAGGAUCCACACGGGGGCCAAGCCGUACAAAUGCUGCGAGUGCGGGAAGGGCUUCAUCCAGAAGUCGCACUACAUCACGCACACGAGGAGCCACACGGGCGAGAACCCGUUCCAGUGCCCCGAGUGCGGGAGAGGCUUCACCUCCAGCACGCUGCUCAUCAGACAUCAGAGAAUCCACACGGGCGAGAAGCCGUUCAAGUGCUCCUACUGCGAGAAGAGGUUCUGCGCCAGCUCGAACCUUGUGACCCACAUGCGGACGCACACCGGGGAGAAGCCGUUCCCGUGCCGCGAGUGCGGGAAGAGCUUCAGCCAGAAAUCCACGCUGAUCGCUCACGAGAGGACGCACACGGGCGAGAAGCCCUACAGGUGCUGGUGCGGGAAAAUGUUCAGCAAGAGCUCGGACCUCCUGGCACACGAGAGGACCCACACGGGGGAGAAGCCUUACGUCUGCCCAAGCUGCGGGAAGAACUUCCGGAUGAGCUCGCACCUCGUGAGGCACCAGCGCACCCACACCGGGGAGAAGCCGUACAAAUGCUCCGAGUGCGGGAGGAGCUUCAGCGCCAGCUCGCACCUUAUCAGACAUCAGAAAAUCCACCUGGAAGCCAACUGACAAACAACGGAACGCAGGCGUGCAGCAGGGACAAAAUCCCACCGCUGACACAAGACAAGGUGCAAUUUCUCAGAUGCUGGGCUUCUUGAAACCAGCAGGACUUACUUCUAAGUUAAUGUGUUUUGGAUUGCUUUACACUGAGGUAUCGUCCCUCAUUUUAGGUCUGGGCUGGUGUCAAUAAGAUGCGGCAGUUACAUGAAGCAUGGGAAGAGUGUCAGUCAGGAAUCUGCCCUGAUUGUGCACAAGGGAGAGGCAAAAUGAUGUUGUGCUCCAGCCCCCAACCCAUAAGCACUAUUCUGUAACUGGUUGGCCUCUUCCAGAAAUGGUAGCAGAGCCAUUCUCAAAUAGCUCGUCUGAGCACUUACUUCCCUGCUGAGCAUUUACUUCUUACUUACCUUCUGCUGGCACUCAAAAUCAGUCCCCUUGCCUCAAGGGAGGGCCGUAGCUCAGUGACAGAGCAUCUGCUUUGAAUGCAGAAGGUGGGAAAGACUCUCUCCCCGAAACCCUGGAGAGUCGGUGCCAGUCUGUGCUGACAACAUUGAGCUAGAUGGACUCUCCUUCCUUGGAGGUUUUUUAAGCAGAGGUUGGAUGGAGCACUGCAACCCCAUAGUCAACUUUGUUUUUUUUUUAGUUGAGAUUCCUGCAGGGGGUUGGACUAGAUGACCCCUGGGGUUCCCUUCCAACAGUUCUGUGAUUGUAAUGGUCUCGACUCAGUAUGUUCCUCAUAGCAAGACCACCUCUAUUCUUAAGCCUCUUGGAGAAGGCAAGACUUUUUGACAGUGUUCACAUUUCGAGCAUCUGUUGUAUUUUCUUUCUUGGGCAAAGGAAAAUGGAAUCGACCCUGCCAAAAGCAGGAUUUAACCCCCUGCCCCAUCAAGGGGAUUGAAUGUUGCUGGGUAGGCUGCACUCACCAGUUCCCUGCAGGGAACCCCAAGAAUGAACAAGGAGGGUUAAAUCCUGCUGUUUUAAUGGACUCCUCCACCUUCAACAGGAGGGCAGAAACUGCCCAAUGACCUAUCACCUGGAACCAUGAUUGUAUCAAAUGAUUGACAAGUGGGUGGUCCUACCUACCUGUCAAACUUGGGGGGGGGGGGUGUUAGGAGAAAUAUCAGGCCUGCAGUCCCUCACUUGCUACUGUCAGGAAUGCAGUUGGGUUAGUGCCCCCUGCCCCAGGUAAGGUCUGCGGUGGACAAGGUAUCUCAUCAAUGCAAUAUUUUAAAUAAUUGAAGAGUGCAUAGGGGUUUUUGUUGAGGGUCAAGCUUGAAGUCCACCCUGAAGCAGUCAGAGAUGAGCCUCAAGUGUGUGUGGUCAGAUGAUGGGUGUCCUUGGGGGGGGGGAUAUCCUGAGCCCAGUUUUCUCUCCCCAUCUCCCGCCAGUAUGAAAUCAAGCAAGAUUAUUUGUGGAUACAUUACUUGUUCUUCUUUUUUGGGGAAGUUACUGUUACAAAAUUCUUUCUCCCCACCCCCCCUCUAAAAACACAAAUAUACACAUGCAAAUAUUUGUUUUCCCCUCUGCAUCGCACGCUAACAAGACGGAAUAAUCAAGUUACAUAUUAGUAAGUCUCUGCUUGGCGCUCUGUAACUUUCCAUUUGCCUGUCGGUAUUGACAACGGUGCUAUUAAAUAAUUGAAGGCAAUCUAGUUUGCAGUGCAGCCAAUUCCUUUGUGGGUUAAUGGGCAGCCGUUGUAAGAUUUGGGUUGUAGGGAAAAGGAUGGAGAAUAAGAAUAAUUAUUAUUAUCUGUCUGUCUGUCUGUCUGUCUGUCUGUCUGUCUGUCUGUCUAUGUAUGUAUGUGUGUGUGUGUGUCUGUCUGUCUGUCUGUCUGUCUGUCUGUCUUUAUGGGUCCUCGCCUGGUCACCUUGAGCAACUUGGAAUUUCACCCAGGUGAGCGAGGAGACUGUCAAAAGAGGAUGCCAUGCUUGGUCCUCCUCCACUAGCACAUUGUGCUUCUUUGCACAGCAGGUGAAUGGCUCUUGCUUCCUGCUUUGCAGAGGUUUGGACUAGAUGUCCCUUCCAACUGCAGCUCUGUGAAUCUGGGACUAUACUGCAGACUCUUGGCAAAGGGACCCUUUGCCUCUGCCACUGGAAGAACACAAGUAUUGACUGCCUGUUCAUUCCUGGGCCCAAUUCAAGACGCUCACUUUAAAGCCCUAAAUGCCAUAGGCCAAUAAUAAUAAUAAUAAUAAUAAUAAUAAUAAUAAUAAUAAUAAUAAUUUAAUAAUAAUUUAUUUAUUUCCCCAGCCACUGUGGGCGCCACUGUGGGCGGCUGCCAACAGAAUAUUAGAAUACAAUAAUCUAUUAAACAUUAAAAGCUUCCCUAAACAGGGCUGCCUUCAUAUGUCUUCUAAAAGUCUGGUGAUUGUUUUUCUCUUUGACAUCUGGUGGGAGGGCAUUCCACAGGGCAGGUGCCACUACUGAGAAGGCCCUCUGCCUGGUUCCCUGUAACUUGGCUUCUCGCAACGAGGGAACCGCCAGAAGGCCCUCGGCGCUGGACCUCAGUGUCUGGGCAGAAUGAAGGGGGUAGAGACGCUCCUUCAGGUAUACUGGACCGAGGCCCCCAGAAUCUGAGAGUGCCUCCUUCCCGAAACCCUCUCGGGUUUUAAGAUCAGCAGAGAGGGCCUUGAGAUAGUCUUGCCUCCAUCAGAAGUUCAGGGAUGGUGGUGACCCAGCAUAGGGCAUUCUUUGUGGCAACCUCCAAGUUGUGGAAUUCCCUCCCAGCAGAAGUGCGCCUGGCACCUUCACUGCAGCUUUUGGCGAAUGAAUGCACACUUUUUUUUUCCUGGACUGUGACACCAGAGGGGUGUGUGGGCUGGGUGGUAAUAUCCAGUUUGGAGUCCAUAUCAUGAUAUCAGUUUCAUAGAUUCUGACCUGGCAAUAUAUUGUGAAUCAUGAUAUGUGUUAGGGCUGGGCGAUAGAACCUCCAAAACCGGUUUUGAGUCCAUGUCAUGAUAUUGGUUUUUAUAGUUUUUUACCUGGCAACAUAUUUUGCUCUGCAAAAAUUACAAUGUAGGAAAACCGUGAAGCCAGCCAAUGCUUCCCCAUAGCUCAAUCCAUAUUUCAGACAUUGUGAUAUAUCAGUAUAUCGCGAUGUUCAGCUGGUGAUAUAUCACGAAGUUGAAAGCCGGAUAUAGCCCAGCCCUAUCACAUAGUUCCAGACGUUGUGAUAUAUUGGUAUAUCGCAAUGCUGAAAAUCAGGUAUCAGCCCAAACUGAGUGUGAGGGACCACCCUAUUUCCAGGGACCACCCUAUUCCUGCAAUGGUGAUGUGUUUUAACUAUCUUUAAUACGGAAUUUAAAAUUGUAAUCUCCCCUGGGACCUGCUGGUGAAGAAGAGUGGGGAAUAAAUGUCACACUGGAUGGAUGCCCCAGCAGGAAACCCCCCCCCCAGCUCGACCUGAGUGCAACAGCUGCUCUCCCCUGAACCCCCCCCCCCCAAAAAAAAAGAUGACGGACCUGGGCUGAGCAACUUUCCCCAUUCUGACAGGGGAAAAGGGAUAUUGCAGAGCUGGGAAAAAUGGCAAAAAGGGCAGCCGAAAUGAUUCAGGGAGGUCCUAGAGGCCUCCCACCUCCUUCCCAAAACCUAGUUAGUGCUUCCCCAGCUUUGGGAAGGGGGUGGGAGGAUUCUAGGACCCUGGCCCUUCAAAUAACCAGCCUUGGGAAGGCAGCAUGAGGGUGUGUGCGUGUGUGCGUGCGCAAUCCCCAUUGUGUCCGUCAAUCCAGUCCAACCCCCUGCCGAGCAGGAAACACCAUCAAAGCAUUCCUGACAUAUACCUGUCAAGCCUCUGCUUAAAGACCUCCAAAGAAGGAGACUCCACCACACUCCUUGGCAGCAAAUUCCACUGCUGAACAGCACUUACUGUCAGGAAGUUCUUACUAAUGUUUAGGUGGAAUCUUCUUUCUUGUAGUUUGAAUCCAUUGCUCUGUGUCUGCUUCUCUGGAGCAGCAGAAAACAACCUUUCUCCCUCCUCUAUAUGGCAUCCUUUAAUAUUUUUGAACAUGGCUAUCAUGUCACCCCUUAACCUUCUCUUCUCCAGGCUAAACAUGCCCAGCUCCCUCAGCCGUUCCUCAUAAGGCAUUGUUUCCAGGCCUUUGACCAUUCUGGUUGCCCUCUUCUGGACACGUUCCAGCUUGUCAGUAUCCUUCUUGAACUGUGGUGCCCAGAACUGGACACAGUACUCCAGGUGAGGUCUGACCAGAGCAGAAUACAGUGGUACUAUUACUUCCCUUAAUCUAGAUGCUAUACUCCUAUUGAUGCAGCCCAGAAUUGCAAUGGGCCAGAUCCUCCCCUCUUUCCCCAGAGGCCAUGUAGACAGGUGGACAGGCCAAUCAUCUCAUAGCACCUUGCCACCAGGUGACCCAUUUUUGCACAGCACAAUGUACCAAAGCCUCAGCUCUCUGCCCUCUGUUGCUUUAUGCAAGGGCCGCGUCUUAACCUUCCCCACAUUGAUGUCAUGCAUGUCGUACGGGGGGCAGGUGAGCAUGGCUUGGCCAGACACUGAGGUCUGCUGACCUCAGAGGCCCUGAGUGCCUUCCAUCAGCUUCAACUGGUGGCCCAGCUAUGCCCCUAUCUGGAAAAGGAUAGCCUAACUUCCAUUGUCUAUGCUCUGGUAACUUCAAGGUUGGAUUACUGCAAUGCGCUAUACUUAGGGCUGCCUCUGAAGAUGGUUCAGAAACUUCAGCUAGUGCAGAAUUCAGCGGCCAAGUUGCUCACCAGAGAGAGACGCUUUGAGCAUAUUGCAUCAAUCCUGGUCCGACUGCACUGGCUACCGAUUAGUUUCCAGGCCCAAUUCAAAGUGCUAGUUUUGACCUAUAAAGCCUUAAAUGGUCAGGACCACAACACCUCAAGGACCGCCUCUUUCCAUAUGAACCUACCCAGACCCUGAAAUCAUCUUCUAAGGCCCUCCGUGUGUUGCCUCCUUGAGAGGUCCGGAGGGUGGUAACACGAGAACGGGGUCUUCUCUGCAGUUGCUCCCCAUCUGUGGAAUGCUCCCCCCCAGGAAAGGUCACCUGGCGCCUUCAUUGUACACCUUUAGGUGCCAGGCAAAUACGUUCCUUUUUAACCAGGCCUUUGGUUGAUCUGAUUUACAUCCUAUGCCCUUUUAAAAUGAGGGUUUUUUUGUGGGUGAGUGGGGAGGCUACUGGGUUGUUGUUUUUAUUUUUAUUAUGUAUUCUGACGUUUUAUAUCUUGACUUUAUUCUGUGAACCACCCUGAGACCCCCAGGU